AUGGCAUUCGAAUGCGGGCCAGGAGAGCAUGGUGGCUGGGAUUGCUUCUAUUCUUUUCACUCACGACUUUUUUUCCUUCUUCUUUUUCAAACUGCCGAGAGACUUGGAGAAAGGAAGGCGCUUAACAGGAUUUUUGGAGGUUUUCUUAUUUCCUCGCCUUUUGUUUAUCAUCAUUUUGGGUACCAAACCAUUGGGCGGUUUUAG